GCGCCGCGGCGCCUGGCCGCCAUCUACCUGCUGAGGGCAGGUAAGCCGCGGCGGCGCGGCGCAUGCCGGAGCUGGUAGUCCCUGAGGAGGGGCAGGGCAGUCCGGCCGUGCGUGGGGCAGAGUCACCGGGGCGUGGGCCGAGCCGGGGCCAUGGACAAGCUCAAGCGGGUGCUGAGCGGCCGCGACACCGAGGAGCCGAGCGGCCUAGCUGAGGUUAUUGAUGCAACUUCAUUGAGUUGGGGUACCAGAGUGAAAGGCUUUAUUGCUUGUUUCGCAAUAGGAUGCCUGUGCUCACUCUUGGGUAGUUGUCUGCUAUGGAUACCAAAGAAAGGGCUAAUGCUCUUUGCAGUAUUUUAUACACUGGGGAAUAUUGCAUCUAUUGGGAGCACUCUCUUUCUUAUGGGCCCAGUGAAACAAUUGAAAAGGAUGUUUGAACCUACACGUUUGAUUGCUACUACUGUUAUGCUAUUGUGUCUAAUACUAACACUGUGUUCUGCUUUCUGGUGGCAUAAGCAAGGACUCGCGCUCCUCUUCUGCAUUUUACAAUUUUUUGCCUUGGCAUGGUACAGCAUUUCCUUCAUACCAUUUGCAAGGGAUGCUGUGAAGAAAUGUUUUGCUGUCUGUUUGUCCUAACAAGAAUACUGGAUGCUUCACAGAGUUCUAGGAACUAUAAUAGAACUGUUAAGAUCACUGUGUAUGUAUUUUCCUACUUGUCUUAAACAUGUGCCUUUCAGCUUGUUGUUAGAAGCUCCUUGUGGUUUGGUAAGCAAUGGUGUCUGUAGGACAGAGUGCUUGUGUUCCAAUGAAGUUCAGUCUGACAGAAGAAUGGCAGAUAUCCAGAAUUUGUUACCAUAAUUCUUAAUGUAAAAUAAUAUUUGGCUUAGCAAAAGUGACAAAGUAAUAAGUGAAAUCAGUAAAACAGAGACCUCAAUUUUGAUGGGACUGUGCCAGUCUAGAGGAUUUCUUUUUCAAGAAAAAGAAAUCAGCUGCUGACUGAUUUCUUACUGUCAACUUGGGUUUUGUACAUAGCCUUAUCUCACUUUCUUUGCACUGUUUGCCUUAGAUAAUGGAAUAUUGACAUUCUUUAUUUUCCCACCUUUCUUGCAAUUUUUUUCAUUUAGAAUUACCUCUUUUAGAAGUUUCAUAAAUCACAAAACUGUUUUGGAGUAAGUGAUGAAAUGUCUGCAUCUUUCAUGAAAUAUUUAAUUUUCAAUUUAGACUGAUGACAUUUCCUUAAAAUACAUGAAAGGAACAUUCUCAUAUGUAAAAACUUGUUCCUAUAGGAAGAGCACUUGCAAAAUAAGGUUAAUAGAGUUUUUCAACAGCCAGGAGCUUGAGUUCUUUGCCUUGCUUACAGCUAAUGGCAACACAUUCAAGGUGGGAAACUGACAUUUUUCACGUCAAGCAAGGUGAUUCUUUUUCUCCGAGCUCUAGCAUAGGAGUACUUCAAAGCUGAGGGUGCGAUACGUAAGCAGAAAGGGAAUUUAUGUAUGUCCUUUCUGAAAGGACAUGCAUAAGCCCUUUGAUCAGAUGGAAGUGUGCUGUUGUUUAGUCAAUCUAGGCUGGGGGGAAGACAUUCUCUUCAGAACUUGUAAAUUAGCUAAAACUCCAACUUUUUUUUUUUUGUGUGAGUAGGAUCAGUUUAAUUUCUCCUAAAGCUCUUGCAUACACUAGUAGCUUCUCCUCCUUGGAGGAGAAAGUACAAUUUUUUAUUGCUUGUCUUAGCAAAGAAAGCAGUUAAUCUAGCUGCCAGCUCCAAACAAAUACUGAGCAGUCUUUAUCCAGAUUCCAAGGCCACUCUACACUCUUUUUAUCAUCAGAGCUGUGCAUAAUCAUUUACUCCCAACCGUUGCAGUGGUCAGUUGUUUAAUGAAUGAGCACAGACUCUCACUUCUGCUGUGUAAGACACUGUUUAACUGCUUUUACCUUUCCUGUUGCUGGAAUCGGUGUGAAUGAAGAUGAUUAUCCAGCAGGCUUCAGUUCAUACUGAAACCUCUCUGCCUCCAGCUACCAAGAGUUUAGACAUUUAACAACACUAUGAUUGCAUGGCAAGCGUAUCCCUGACCUGUACCGCAAACAUUUGAAUGUAGGAAAACCCUAGAUCUACUUGGCAACAAAGUAUAAGCCCACAGGGAAGCCAAAUAACUCUAUAGCUUCCAGAAAGUUACUAGAAACUGAGUUAAUUUGAAAUCUCAAACUUAAGUGUACUGACAAUUUAUAAGGCACAGUACUAUCCUGUUGUUAGAGUACUCUUAAAAAAAUAACCCCUUUUGAGGAUGAUAUGAAAGGGAAAUUUUAACAGGCUUUCUGUGGAUGCCAACUGCCUAGAGUUACUGUCACAAAGACAUCUGAAUGAAAAAUGCUGCCUCGAAAAACAUGGCACUGAUGAUGGGAUGAGUCAGUGAUACAGAGUGAUGUUCAAAUGCUGUGUCCGUGUGCUCCCUCUACCCCACCUAGGAUUUGGAACAUAGUAUUGAAGUUAGGUUGCAUAUUACUUUUCUUGAAAAAAAAGAGAUGGUUAAAUGCCCAAGAGAGACUGGAAAUUAAAGAAUGCAGAUACUACUUUUCUCCAACAGAUCGAAGACAAGUAUCUAAACUGACAUGUAUAUUUCUUUCUCUCAGGGAGUAGGUUCAAAACCUGAUUUACAUCUGUCAACCUGUGUUAGUCUUUUAUUAGGACUUUGAUAAUGUUUACAGAAUUCCUUUGUACAAGGGCAACUGAAGUGAAACCCUGAUGUUUUUUACAUUCCAAUAUUUCUUUAGUUGAAACGUCUCUGGGUGCUCCUGGAAAUUGUUACAAGUAUAGAAUAUAUUGUUUUUCCCUUCACCUCUCCAGGAAAGUUACAUUAACUUCAAUCAUCAUUCCAGGCUUAUCAACAGUCAACGGUGUUUGACCUCUGGGAUUCUUUCCUUGAAUACUUCAUGUUAGAAGGACUAAAAGGUUUUUGCUUAUUCCAUGCCUAGCAUAUGCAGGGUUGUUGUACCCUGACUUUCUAGCAUUUCCUCUAGAAAACUAGAACUGAGUAUGCUAAAUAUUAGAUUUUCAACUUACUAGCUAACUGGAGCCUUUUAGCUGACUGUUGUCAGCACAACCACUUAGAAGCAGGAAAUUUAGCAAGCUACCAAUAGAUAGUGGGUAGACUUAAACAGACUUUUUUUACUCCACCUCCUACCCUUUUUAAGGCUAUAAUUCCAGUUCCACAGCUUCUUACUCAGUAAGAGAGAAGAACAAAUCUUCAUUUGACUGCAUAGCACAUGAGGCUAAGCAAUUGUGCACUUAAAGGAAGGGAACCCAAGAAGAGAAGGAAAAGACACAAGGAUCUCUGGAGUGCCACUGGUAUUUAUGUUGCCCUUUGGUAUUGUAUUCUGUCCCUGUGAAGGUCAGGCAGUAGGAGACACUCGCUGUAUUCUUGCCAAUACAUUAAACAUACUCAGGGUUUGUAGCUUCAUCUGCAAGCAGUUUUAGUUUAAAAUAACUCUAUCAGAACAAAACUCUUUAGAUUCCUACUCACUUAUAAGUAGCUGUGUUCAAGCUAUUGCCAAGUUCAGCAGCAAGAGAUUUUUCCAGUGUAUUAAAAUGCUUUAUUUUAUAUGAUUUUACAUAAUCAGGGAGUAAACUAGUGUAUGAAACCUCCUUCUCAACCAGUUUCAAUCUGAGAUAAUAGUAUAAUGGUAUAAGUUAUUUUUUUGGUCAUUAGAACUAAUUUUUGUUAAGUUUUAAUAUCAUCAGCUUUGGUUACCUACUUGGUAGGAAGCAUUCUUGGCAUUUAUGAAGGCCUCUCUAGCUUUCUGUCUUAAUGUCUUUCAAGGCAGGAAAGUUUGUCGUGUGCACUCUACUGCAAAUAGAGAUGUGUUCUAAUUCUCAAAGCUCAUUCCUUCCCAAAGGCCUUGCUUGGUGUUACUGCACUUAAGACUGACUUGUGUAAUGUUGUAUGCCCAACUCAGUAGGAUUUUGUUCCUACUGUUCUACUAGAAAGUGCUUUUUGCCCAGCCUCAUUGUUGGGUAACUUGCCUAUCUACUUUUUCUACUUUUUACAGUACAGAUAAUGUAACCUUAACCAAACAGCCUUAGUGUAUGGUUCUGGCAUGAAAUGUGCAUAGCUGGGAUCUUCAAAACUGAGGAGGAUGACAUUUGAACGUAUUUGUCUUAAAUAUUGAUGUUUACAACCAUAGCAAAUACUGAUCAUGUGGCACAGAAAGCAGAGAAAUGGUAUAUUUUCUUAAAACCACGUGCCUCACUCAUGUGACAACACUAAAUUUUUUAACAGCUGUGGAAUUACUUUGUAAAAUCAAAACCAAACUCCCAGAAAUUCUCAACAAGGUUUUAUAUUGUUACUGAAUCUGUUUGCUGUUUUGCUUUUUCUAUGUAUUUACACUGUUUGAUUUCUACUUCAAUAUAUGUAUUUGUUUCUUAACUUACAACUUCCUCUGUAAUGAAGUGAAAUCUUUACUUACAAGUGCU